AUGGCCCAUAACUUCGAUCAGACCGCUCUCGCUGAGCUACAAGAGAAGUUUACAUUACUCGAGUCGAAGACAAACGCAUGCUUAGACACUCAUGAAUGCCGCCUAAGUGAAUGCGCUGAGAAGAUCCAGGAGCUCCAGAGCAUGGUCGACAAAGUCAAGCGCACUCAAUCUGCUCUCAGCACCGCCCUCGCCGAAUUUGAAAUGCAACUCGCCAGCUCUUACUCGAAACUCGCGAACCAGACGGCCGAGCUCUCGAAUACCAUGGAGGGCGAUGUACACCAUAUCAAGCAUACCAUGGAUGCAUUGGAAGCUCGGACCGACCUACGCCACGACAGACUUUGGAACAUGGUACUAGAACAGACUGAACGCGGCUUAUGCACACUGUGUACGAGAAAGGUUCCUGCUCCCUCAGAGGACGUGAUGGCACAGGCUCGUGGCCGUAGUGCACGCGUUCGGGAAUCAUGGGAAUCACUUCAGUCGGGCGAGCCGUGA